AUCUUUUCCCUUGCCACUUGCUUCGUUUGAGGUGGUGCAGUUGCAGGGGAAGAGGUUCGGGUUGGGAAGUUGGCAGCUGUUUAGAUCGGAGCGAGGUUCGGAGAUUGGUACAGUUGUUCUAUGCGCCCGCGCAAAGCUCAGCUACGGCUUCACAAAUCUCAGGUCUGGUCCUCUAUAUCUUCCCCAUUUCUCUACCCGAUUCGAUUCAAAUCCAAACUCCCUCCAGUCCUCGUACUCUCAUAGCCUCCAUUUCAUCACUCCAACAUGGCCACCGGCGAAGUAACUCUAAUCCCUCCGCGCCUCUCUUCUUUUCCUCCUCUUUCUGCUUGUAGGGUUACCGGAAGAAGGCGAGGAGAUGCGCCAUGGUCGACCUGUUUCCCGAUUCUGAAUAGCAUUGAUGUCGGAAGAAAUGGGGAGUAGGGUUCCGGUGCAGCACUAUAACUUGAGAUCGCCACCUACGGCCAAUUCAUUCAUCGGAAGCUCUCUUCAUGACCUCAACACCGUCGAUUCUCGACCGCCGGCUAGUAUCGUAGGCAUAGCCGAAGCCGAUCCUCACCCUUCUUCCUCUGAUACUGGCCUCAACGGCGACCACGACUCUCCUGGCCCUGCUGUUGACUGCAUCCAUGAGUCUUACAGAAACUCUCUACCACUUCAUGGUAUUGGAACCGAAGAGGACCGCUCUAGCGUCGAGAAUAGUGGGUCUUCAAGGGUUCCAUACAAUUUGUUAAACAUCGAAGAUGUUUCACCUAUUGAAUCUGCAAGGGCUAGACUUUUGCAAAUUGUUGUGGAUUACUUCAUUAGCGAUCACUUGAUUGAGGUGACGGAUAAUGGCAGUAGUGACUAUUCUGGUCAUCCUGGGCAAGAUAAUUUGAGCAAAAGGAAGUCUGGAGAUGUUAGAUACGAAGGGGAUCCGAGGUUUGCUUUGCCCUUGAUGUAUGUGGCCAAUCUGUAUGAGAUGCUAGUGAAUGAUGUAAAUAUAAGACUGGCUUCCUCGAAUUCUAUUCGUGAUAAGACCAUUGGAAUAGCUCUUGAAGCAGCUGGUGGUUUGUACCGAAAAUUGGCCAAAAAAUUCCCCAAGAAAGGUUCUUGUUUGUUUAAAAGAAGAGAACUGGCAACUUCUGUGGAGACAAGAACAAGAUUUCCAGAGUUAGUGAUCCAAGAAGAGAAAAGAGUGCGUUUUGUGGUGGUGAAUGGUUUGGAUAUAGUUGAGAAGCCGACGAAUCUGCCCAGAGAAGAUGCAGAGUGGUUCAAGAGACUUACUGGUCGGAGUGACGUUGCUGUAUCUGCCCAAGACUACAAAUACUACUCUCCAAGGCACAAGUACAGACGUAUUGUAUCUAAUGUUCCUGGAUUGACGGCGAUCCAUGGGACAGACAGUUCAUCUGCAAUGUCUGCUGAUCAAGGAUUCCGCUCAUCACAUGGCCAUGAGCAGACUCCUCCAAAGCAUAAUGCACAGCCGUUGCCAAACCAGCCACAUUUUCAUCCAGUUCUUCAAACACAUCACAGCCAACAUACUCCACACUUCUCCCAAAGCCAUCAAUGUGGACCUCCUGCUCACAUGCCAGAGAUGACACAUGCACACCAGUCGCCUACCAUUUCUCAACACAUGUCUUAUUUACAACCCCUUGCAGGAAGCCAUCUCACAGGGCGUUUGCAUUUAAUGCCGACUAGCCCUGCGAAGUUCUGCGAUGAAUGUGGUGCUCCUUAUUUGAGAGAAACAUCAAAGUUCUGCUCUGAAUGUGGCACAAAGAGGCUGGGAGCAUGAGCCAGCGAUGCGGUCUGUACGUGGAAUCGGAUUCCUCCCAUGUAAAUUAUUCUAGCGGUUAAGGCUGUUGUAGUCAUUCAUUGUCUAGUAUAUUGGUUAGUUGGAUGAAGCGAGAGAGAGAGAGCGCGAGGGUUGUGGCUUAGUGACUUUUACCUUUUGUCGAAGCCGGUUCGGGCUUGAUAUUAGGUCGAUGAUUCUCUUGUCUUCAGCCUUUUGUGCUCUGAACUCAAUUACUCUGUAGUCUAAGAGGUUGACUGAAACCGAAGUUCUAAGAUGCCAAGAAAUAAAUUUAUUUGUGAAUCAUUUCUGCAAGGUUUGGAAUCUUGACUACCAGGAAGGGUUUUCCGGUGUACAUCAUAACAUCGGUCCAUGUUAGACAAGUCAGAGAUGUUCUUAUGCACAAUUUAACUUGGAAUAGUAUAAUGCGUUGAUCGCAAAUGAUAGAGAUUUAUUAUUCUA